GGCCCCAUGGCCGGCAGCAGGUGGGGCUGAGCUGCAGGGCCAGGCCGCCAUGGGGAGCAUCUACAAGGAGUACUUCAACCGGCAGAAGAUCCAGGAGCACUACAACUACACCAAGGGGGUGACGGGGUCCCUGGGGCGCAGCGCCACCUCCCACUUCAUCGUCGGGCUGUGCUGCCUCAUCGUGCUGGAGAACUUGCUGGUGCUGGUGGCCGUGGCCCGCAACAAGAAGUUCCACUCGGCCAUGUUCAUCUUCAUCGGCAACUUGGCCGCCUGCGACCUGCUGGCCGGCUUGGCCUUCAUGGCCAACGCUACCUUCCGCCGGACGCCGGUGGAGUGGUUCGCCCGGGAGGGCACGGCCUUCGCCACGCUGGCCGCCUCGGUGUUCAGCCUGCUGGCCAUCGCCAUCGAGCGCCACGUGGCCAUCACCAAGGUGAAGCUCUACAGCAGCGACAAGAACUGCCGCAUGGUGCUGCUGAUCGGGGCCUGCUGGGCCAUCUCGCUCGCCAUCGGGACCCUGCCCGUCCUGGGCUGGAACUGCCUGGGCCGCCUGGAGGACUGCUCCACCCUUCUGCCCCUCUACUGGUGCUGCUGA